AUGAAAGUAAUAAUUCCGAUUCUCUGCUUGUUUUCUUGCAGUUUAGCUAUUCCAAAUGAUUACAAUUCGAAAGAGUUCCAUUCGGCUUUGAGCAAUGUCGACAAUAUUUUUCCGAAAGAACUUGUAGAAAAAUUGGCGGCUAAGGACAAGGCUGUAGAAGAAAUUAAUAUUAAAGACAUUAGCACUAUUAUAAACGAAUAUGCGGAUCAAAUAUUCGAAAAUUUACGGAAGUACAUCAACAACAACAAUUUAAACAAAGUUCCAAUAAGUGAUCAACAUUUGAAGCUAAAACCCACUGGUUAUAUUGAUUUAAAAAACGGAUAUCUACAAGAUUUUAACACUAUUAGCAGAAAUGAAGAUGUUGUGGUAACAUACUCUCAUGACCAGAAAAAACUUUUAGUAAGCCUGCCGAUUCAAUUUGAUGACCUUAAAUUUUACUUUGAUUAUCACACCAAAGAGCUCUUUAUCAGUAUUCAUGGUGGUGUUGAUGGAUCGGUGAAAAAUGUUAAAGUACAUGCAGAUUUGAGUUUCGAUUUCAAUACCUAUAAUGUUUCGCUUGAUCACUACGACAUGAAAGAUUCCGGGAAAGUUCAUAUUCAUUUCACGGGAAACAAAAUCGUCGAUUGGUUAAGUAACGCAAUGGCCUCUGUUAUUACCACCCUGAUGGGUCAAGUCGUGGUGAAUGAGGUAGCUAAAUUCGUUAGAGAUGGAUUGAGAGGCAUCAUUGAACAAAUAAACACAGAUAUUCAUAAAAUCUUGAACUGA